CAAUCGUCGUGAUCAUCAUCGAGGAGUAAAAGCCGGGACUCACCCGUCGACAGCCCAGAAAUCAUCAUGCGUUUGCUACUACCAAUUAUUCUCACCUGCCUCCUAGUCCUGGUGACGUCAGCAGAGGACUCAGAGGAGGUGAGUCCCCUGCCACCGAUAAAAAUCGACAAGCACCUGCGUCGGGCACUGCUAAAAGCCCUGGAGGACCUGGAAGCCGAGUCAGAGGAACAGAAGGAGGACACAUCACCACCGGAGAAGGUCGUGACGAAAGUCACCGAUAACAUCGACACCUCGGAGCGCUUCUCCGGGGCGUCCUUUUCCUUCUCCGGCUUCCCCUCGGACUCUUCAGAAAUUCCCUCCGAGGAGAAACUCCAGAAUUCGACGUUCGUGGAGAGUGAAAAACUGGAGACAACGGAUGGCAAGGAAACCGAUAAAGCCACGUUCCAGAAGUUCGACGUACUCCUGGGGGACAAGGAGAUUCUCGAGAAGAGUCCGAAUGCAAAUCAAGUCGAUCAGAUUUUAACGCGCAGCGUUGAAAUAACAAGUGGCAAAUCCGUAAAUUCGAUAGAUCGUUCGCCAAAGGAGAAGGAUGAGAAAGAGAGUUUGAGCUUUAGUUCGAGCAAUGGGAUAGCAUCGGCAUCGGCAAAUUCAUUAAUUCCACCGAGUCCAACACCCCCUAGUCCAACGGUGAAACCAGUGCCACGUAAUCUUACAUCACCUCUGCUGCCAACCAAGGUACCAAGUGUCAGUGCAAAGCCAGAGGAUUCAGAGGUGAAGAUCUUCCAGGCACCGCUGGUAGCUGCUUUCACUGUUCAGCAGGAUGAGAGAGGUGUUCCAAAGAGCGUUGUGCCCCUGUACAAACCUGGAACGGAUAAUCAGGGAUUGAGUCUGCAGGAGCAAUUGGACUUUAAACAGCAACUCCUGGAGAGACAGCUGGCUGAACUGCAGGCGCAGCACGCACAGCAGACGCAGUUUCUGUACAAGCAGCAGUUGCUGUAUCAGGAGCAGCUGAGACUGAAGCAGAGACAGCAGCUUUAUCUCCAGGAGCAGGCGAGACUCAAGCAGAUCGAGGAGCAGAGAACUCAGCAGCUCAAGCAGGCGCAGCAACAGGUGCAGCAGCAGGUGCAGGAACAGUUGCGUCAGGGACAGAAUCUUCAAGGGGCAUUCAGUCAGAACAACCUCCUGACAUUCCAACCCCCACUGCAAACUCAGAACGUUCAAUUCCAGCCAAGUGUUGCCUUCCAGCUUCCCAAUGCCAUUCCUCCACCUCCGUUUGCCCCAGUUCCCUCUGUCCAAGAUCAGCUGAGACUGCAACUGCAGAGACAGCAGAUCCUCCAGCAGCAGGCACAGCAGCUCCAGCAGCAGAGACAGCAGGCAGUAUUUCUCCAGCAACAGAGGCUCCAGCAGAGUUUCCCAGGUUUUCCGAAUGACUUCCAGCCACCUGCACCCACCCCAGCUACGAGGUUCAACAGGCAGGAGGCAUUUGGAACUGUCGGAAAUUUUGGAAUAAAUGAUAACAGGCAGAUCAUCACCAGAAAUCACCUCGAGCCCCCGAGGCUCCCACCUCAGGACUUCGGGGCUUUCAACAAUUUUGGGUUCAGGGGCCAGAACUUCAGGCCUCAAACACCCGCCAGACAGAUUCAGCAUCUGCUGUUUCAAUCCGGAGUUGCGGGUGCUCUUCAAUCCCCGCAGAAUCAACAAGGACGAUCCAACCAGGAAGACCUCAAUAUUGUCUCUAAAGUUCUAGCACUCAAUGUCGGUGCGGUUCCUACCAAAAAUCUACAGUUCAAUGACGAGGGAUUCAGGGCGUGAGAAUUACUCAAUUUAUUUAUAUGUUGUUACGAUUAAAUUAUUCCUGCAGGUGUGGAGUACUCGAGGAUGCCCUCACAUACGAGUAAAUCCUCAGUGGCUUCUGAAGAUGUUUUCAAUGGAAAUGAGGAAAAUGAUAGAAAGCGAUCGUAAAUACAAGUAUUGUAAUUGUUUUGAAUAUUAUUGUUGGGGAAUUAACGGAAACAUCUUCGGGUAAUCAGAGAGACGGAAGUCGAGGCCUUAACGGGGAUAAUUAUAUUAAUUACUAGAUUUUCGUCUGUAGUUCUCAAAAGUCCCUGUAUGGGAUCAACUUUCUUGAAGACGAUGUGGAGAGAAUUGUUCAGGUGAGAUGAAUUUACGUAAUCAAUUAUGUGGCGUCUGUACUAGAAUUUUCUGAGAACAUUGUUCCGAGAAAUUUCCCAUUUUUCUCGUCUCACCUUUUUUUACUCUCCCACUUUAUUCAGUCUUUUCUCUUAGAUUUCAUAUCUCGCUUGUAAAAAAUUUUAUAACGAAGAGAAGUUGAGACCUUUGAAGGGAAAUGAAAAUUGAGAAAUAAUGGAGUGUCAUGAGGUUCAUUGAAAUUCGAUGAGUCAUCCAGGAAUUUAUGAUUCAAUCUCGAAGAUAAUCAAGAUUAGACCGAUCAGACUAGACUCUAGUUGACGUGCCGAGGGAAUUGUUGAAGUGCUGUUAUUUUCGGAUAAUUUUAAUUAACAAUGAAUCCAAAUUAAAACCCAUCUUCUUCUCUGAUAAAAUGACUCGUUACUUACCAGUCAUCAAUGAAAUUUCCCAAACAAUUUGAAGCCUUCGAUUGCGCCUAGAAAAAUCACACCAUAAUAAUUUAAUUCCACCUGAUUACCUGUCCACAAUCAAAUCCAUUUCCUCCUUGCCAUGAAGCGAAAAAUUGAGACUGGACCUUUGACUCGCCAACUUUCAUAAACAAUUUGAACAAUUGACCUCAUCGAUAAUCAUUUGAUUAACGCCUCAUUCUCCCUCUGAUUAACAAUUUCCAAUUUCUCCAUAAUUGUAAAAACGGCGACUCCAUUACAAUUACGACAUUAUUUAUAAACCCCCAUCACCAUCGGGUACCGUAAUCUGUGUAAUGGAUUUUAUUCCAAGGUCGUGAGGGGGCACAGAGAAGUGGAGAAUGAAAACGGUUUAUACGAAAUUGAAAACGGAAAACUUUCGCCAGGGCUCCUUCACAGCUCAAAGUAUUCCACCAGUAUAUCGAGAGGAUCGAAAGCCGAUGAGUCGACUAGGUGGUUGCAAACAAAUCGUGUCUCCAUGAUCCCACCUCUUCCUGACUAUUUCAUCUGGUGUUGUGGAGAUGUCCUCAAUUUCACAAACGCCUUUGGCAUAGAUUCCAGAUUUCUCCAGUCCCACGAAAUCGACGACAAACGGUCGAAUAAAGUCGAAUUUUCAUUCCCCAUUAAAUUUUUUUUUUCACCAUUUCUUUAUUAAAAUGUUUAUUAUGACCCGGAUAUCGUUUAUUCUCCGUGAAAUUCUCCGCAACUCUCGGGACCUUGGAGAUUUCGUCUUCUUUAUUAAGUUAUAAAUUAUUAGACUAGGGAUAAUUUAAAUAACACGUGUGAAUAACGGUUUAAUUUUAUCGUUGAUUAAUAUAUUAUAUGCUACCAAUGGAUUUCUACUUGUUUGGUGGAGUAAUUUAUCGGUAAUAAUAUUAAUUAUUGAGAUUAAGGUUGACACGUGUAAAAAUGCCAAUAAAGUAUGAUUAACGUAGGUUGUAAUUAUUUUUAUUUGUUAUUUCCUCCCGUCAGCCUUUGAUAAUUAUGAGAGGGAGGGAUUAUAAAAAAAUUUCGUUGGAAUUGUUUUUACGGAAAAAUGUAUUGAAAUUAAUUGAAUAAUUAAUAAA